UCAAAGUUUUCCUAAUGGGAAGCAAAUAUUCCUCAUUUUGCAGUUACCAAAUUCUAUAUGCACGAUGCAUAAUCUUUAAUUUAAUGUUGCUAUAGCUGAAAGUUUACAUAGUUUGAGGUUGUUUUCAUCGUCACGCUUCACAAGUUCAUUUGACAGGCGCACGGGUGGUGGACACGAAAAGCAUACGUUCUGCAUUAAUGGUUUGAUGUUAUAAGACUCAUAUGCUACCUGGUGAUUCCAUUCACCAUGACCUACUACCAGCCCUACUUGUCCCAUCCUGGAGCUCCGGGAGCAGGGAGGUCACCAGAGUCUGGGUAUCCACCACUGACCAGUCAAGGAUACAUCACAAGUCCUGGUGCACAACAGUACAUGCAGAUGCAGCCCACUGCAUUCUUCCCACAGAAUCUGCAAAGUAAUGGUGUAGAACUGGGAACGUAUGCAGAAGUUUCCCCUCCAUCACUCUCACCAGUACCACCACCACCACCACCAUCACAACACAGGAUAGAGUUAAAUCCAAAUGCUAUAGCCUACCAGUCCUACACCAGCCCCUCCCCUCCACUGCACAACAGCCAGCAAUAUCCUGGAGGAGGGGACCAGAGGCACCAGGAAGUUUAUCAAACAGACACUUGUCAGAUGUACCAGGAUGGAACCAAACAGUACCGGGGUCAACCACUGUUUCGUCCCUACCAAAACGGUCCCGAGGUUAUGAGGCUCCCGUCCCCUAAGAAUCACCUACAACGUCCUGUGACACCACACACAUUGAAAUCUCCUAUACAGACAUUUAAUAUUCCAGCUCCAUCAUUUGGAGGUCCAAGUAUACCAUCGACUAAAGAAGAGGCCACUAAUGGCCUGACACGAAGCUACCCAGACGACCAGUCUGUGUUUGUGAGAGAUUCUGGUCAAGGCAUAGCUGUGCCAUCAACAUCAGCUGAAGACCUCUUCAAGGCCAAGGCUUCAUUGUAUGGAAUUGAAAUCUGUACCAAGGCAGAGAGUCUUGCCAAUGCUGGAAGGGGGAAACCUACAAAAAUGUAUUUAAGCAAGUUGAGUAAUGGUUCUGAUGAAAUGAAUGCAGAAAAACCAACAGAGAUGUUAUUCCAGAAGACACAUAUUGAACCUGAACACAGUAAUGACAGUGAUGAUAGCACCACUGCAUCCUCUGUGAUUGGAGAAAGCACUGCUUGCUCUACAGGUCCUCAACAGCCUUUACAGAAUUGUGACACGUCAAGCACCAUGAAAAGUACAUCCCCUGAAAAGAAUGUUUCUCCUUCCAAUGACAAUGUAUAUGAGCCAACUGUUUAUGAUAAAGACAUGUUUAAUUCUGAAGAGAUGGGGAAUCAGUACUUAAUCAGCCCAGUGGAAUUGAAUGGCUGUGUUGUAUACAAUGAAAUUGCAGAGCAUGAAUCAGAGGAGAAAAACAAAUCCACAGAAAUUCCUGUUCAUUUGUGGUCCAUAGGAAGUUGUACAAACUCCUUGGACAGUACAGGGGAAUGUGACAGCUUCAUCACUGCUCUUGAUGAGAAUGUGUCUAGUGCUUCUGAUGGAGAAAUCGGAAUUUUGGGGAAUUAUGUGUUGGAAGCAUUGAUGCCAACUAAAGCUCCUCAAGGAAAGAAAACUGAUAUAAUGCAGGAAGCUUCUGAACCAGCUGUUGAACUAGGACAGUAUGAAACCACCCAGACUGAGACUGUUAAUACAGAGCGGACGGAUCAAGAGCAUUGGGAUACAUUAGAAAGUCUUGUUGAAGCCUAUGUAAAAACAAUUAUUGAAAAAGCUUGUGAAGUAGUGUCAAAGAAAUGUUACUCAUCAGGAGAAUGUAGACAUGCAGUUAAGGGAGCCGAAAAAGCUGACAGUGAAGAAAAUAUCAGUAACUUUUUUCAUGUUGAAACUGCUUCUGAAAUGCUUGACUAUAAAGUGGAAAGUUUAGAUCUUCAAGUAAAUUUCCAAAAGACCAAAUAUCAGGAUGAGGCAGAUGGCAUUAAGGUGAAAAAUCAGAAUAAAACAGAGGAUACAAAAGUCAAGCAUCAAAAUGAUGCAGCUGACUCAAAGGCAAAAUAUCAGGAUGGGCGAGUUGACUCAAUUUCAGAGCAAUCUUCAGCAGGCCCUGCCUCAAGCUCCUGGGACAUGGCCUGGAAUGCAAACAGCAAAAGUAAGGAUGAAAACUCAAAUUAUUACAAUAAUAAUAUUGCAAAAGUUAAGGAAUUUCACCACGACUCUGAGAGUACAGAACAUUCCAGUGACUACAGUGAUAGUGGCAGUGGUUCACAGUUAAAUCCUAUCUCACCGGAGUUCAAACCACGUAGAUAUCUUAAAAGCAAAAGUUUGUCUGUCAACACAAGCACCAUGAGACCAGAGGCACCAGUUUUUCAGCCACUUAAUGUACAAACCCUUCCCCUGUUUGUCAAAAGAAAGCUUAAGGAAGGAUCCUGUCAGACAGAGGAGAAGGAGUACAAGGAGGUAGCUAGUAACACCCGCAGAGUUAAACAAACUGAUCGCGUCUCUGAGACUGUUAGUUGUGACACUCGCGAAGUUUGUGUGAAUACCAUGGAGUCCUGUUUCUCCGAGGACACUGAAUUCUUCCUGGCUGAAGAGAUGACUUACAGUGAGCAGGGUACUCUGACAGAAUCACUUGACAAGAAAUCUAUCGGCGUGCUUGUCAAGCCACAUGCCCUUGAUGCCUGCACAGUCAACAAGGAAACGAUGACGGAACCUGUUCCUGACUACCUCGAGAGCCUCAUAGCUACACAAAGAGAGCUGCUACACCUACGUGGAGACGUUUGUACUUUGGAGUUGAAGCGACAGAUUCACGAACUAGAAAGAAGUAAACAGAUGUUUCAGAAUAUGAGAGGAGAGCCUCUGGACAAGGUCGUGGAUGACAGGAUAACAAGUCUGAAAAUUGAACUCAACAUCAUACAGAAUCAAGUGGUCAGCUAUGAUGCACAUCUUCUUGCGGGGAAUGUUUGGAAGACAGUACCACGAUUCACUGUGUCAAUACCAGUAGGAGGCCAGAACAUCAGAAUUGUUAAUAAGGACUUAAAUCAGAGACCAUCUGUUCCAAACGUGGGUACGAAGCGGUCGAUCCGGGAUGCGUAUUCUUCCGAAGAGGAGCAUUUGCUUCAUGACUUAGGGACAAACCAUCCAGCAAAGAUAAGCAGUAAAGUCCAUUAUCAUCAGCCUAAAUCUGAGGAGAGUUCCAAGUCCAGAGCUGAAGCAUCCCAGCCAAAACCACCUCAGUCUUUCAGUUUUACAUCAGUCAAAUCUGUUGGAAAUGAUUCAUCCAUUGACGGAACAAAACCUGGGAAGAUUAUGGAAAAUAGAAAACAGGGGCAGACAACUUGUCAGAUGGUUAAAACAGAGAUCACAGAUGUCACCAAUCCAAAAGCUGACCAGGCACCAGUGAUGAAUAUGGAUGAUAUUGAUGAUGAUGUCUCCCUCCCCGAAUUUCCGAAAACUCCACCACUCAAACCACUUCACGUAACUGAUAAUACAACACGAAGUGGAGGUGAUCCAGCUUCCGACCGUGUGAAGAAGGAAAUCAUUGUGCAAUCAGAUAAUUACGCUAACAGUCAGGUGUUGUGUAAGGGAGGGUCAAGUGCUGCUAUGGAGAUCGUUUCACAGACUUUCAACAAAGGUCCUAUGUCAGUUUCAAAAGAUUCGAGAAAGGUGUUGUCAAGUGACCCUCUCUUUGCUGAAGAUUUAAAUAGACCUGCUCUUUCAACAAGUCUCUCUGUAACGCAAAACACUAAAUUUACCACAUUCUCAAAUGGACCAACAAGUGUCAGUGUCACUGCACCACAAGACAGUAGCUUAACCACAUUCCCAAAUGGACCGACAAGAGUCACUGCAGCUCAAGACAAUAGCCUUACCACAUUCUCAAGUGUUCCGACUAUUGUCACAGGAACACCUUGCAGCAGCAUUACCACAUUCUCAAGUGGACCACCAGGUGUUACUAUAAAGACACAAACGAGCAGCAUUACCACAUCCUCAAAUGGACCAACAACAGUCUCAAGUGUACAUACCCCUUUACCUGUCUCGCAUAUUCCAGUGUCUUCCUGCAAUAUGACACAUUCAAGAAGCAUUAUCACAAACCAGGUCCAAACUUCCAACAGACAGAAUGUAGCAUCUCAGCUAGCCCAAUUGAUGACUGGAAAUCCCCUAUUGGCCACACCCAGAAUCAUUCCUGGGCAACAAGGGGUGGCGCUGCUCUCCCAGGUUCAUCAAGCAAAUGUAACGCCCUACAUGCAGAUUCGUCAACCUUCACCAAGCUUACCUCCUUACCCCCUUGUCCGGCAAAUCCAGCCAAGCAUUAUUCCAUAUUCCCAGGUUCUUCCUGUCCAGCCCAGUAUACUGUCCUACCCUGUAGUGAGAACAUCGCUUCUACCUCAGCCACAACCUAUGGCGAAGAUUCCCACAUCAGUAUACCAGGGCAAUCCACUUUUUCAAUCACCUCAGACUUCUCCAUCCCUGGGUUUGUUAUCUAGACAGGGUGAUGUCUCUUCAACAGCUGGUCAAAUGAACACCUCAUCAGUACCUAUUCCAAACAAAUCUUCAGUCCCACUUGGACAAACAUCAAAUCCAUCCGGACAACCUUUAAAUAUACCUGAACAGAUACAUUCCACAGCAGUACAAGGACAAAUGAAAGGAAGCUCGUCUGUACCAUCUUCAAGUGCACCAUCUUGUCCUGUCACAAGCACUAUUCAAACUACUAAACCUUCGGGUAAAGUUAAUGGGCCAUCCGUCGACCCUGAUCUUUACCAGGCUGUGAUUAAUCAACUACGACAGGCUUACCCGCAAAUGGCCACUGAUCCUGUGUGGCUUGAAACGGUUGGUGCGCAACAGACUCUGGUUUUACAGAACUACAUAGAUGCCAGCAAAAACACAGCUCCAAAUAAAGAUGCAGAUGAUACAACCCCACAGGCAGCAAAUUCUAGCAGCAAUAAUUCAAGCUCAGAGAGUCAGAGGAAAGAAGAUUCUUACAAACUACGUACAUAUCCAAAAUCUAAAGUGCCAAAUGGUGACAUUUCCCAAAGUGAGGUUAUCACGAAGCAGCAAUCUGUGAUUGAUGAACCUUGUUUGACGAACAAUGCAAGUGUGGUACCUCGCCGGCCACCAGGAUUGGCAAGUUUGACAGACACUGACAACUCACUCAGUCAAAAGUUUGAGAAUAUUCCAGACUUCAGCAUGAAAGAUUUGGAUGGAGGGGCCAAAGGUUUGGUGAAAACAAUCAGUGAUUUGACAAAACUGACAGGAAAUGAGUCCAAAGAUAUUUUACCAAAUGAACAAAAGCUGACAGAAGACGAUAGAACAGUGGUUCUCAAAAGUUCUAUGGAAAGUAAACUCUCCCAGAAACCAAAAUCACUGUUGGACAAUUUCAAGCGUGUUGAGAUUCCUGUGGUUCAUGAACCAAAGGUGUCGACUGUAUACCCAGAUAUGUUUGAAAAACAAGAUUAUUCCACUCAAAAAGACAUGGAUCUGUACACCAUACAUUCCAACCACUCUCACAACAGAUCAAAAAGGAUACCUUCUCGACAGAGGCCUACAUCUGAAAGUGACAAAGCAAGCGGGGAAGCCCUCAGAAAUCCUUCACCAAAAUCUGUGGGCGGGGAAAACUGGGAAAAUGAGGUAGAUCAGGACCCUAAACCAUUUCGUCAUGAUUUCCGAAAAGUUCGACCAGCUGAGAAAACAAAGUCCUCUUGGAUGUCAGAAAUGUCCAAGACUAACAUGCCUCCUGGUUUGCCUUUAAAAAAGCCUACAGUGAAGACCACAGAAGGUAAGAAUGAUUUGUGGGAUGCUCCAAGAUUAGGUCAGGGUUCUUCAGGUUCUAACAUAACAUCCACAGUUAGUUACAGUCGGAAGGUCGAGCAAUGGCUUAAUUUGAACCAGCCUUCCACAGACAAUGUUCUGGUGAGGAACAAGAGUCCCGAAGAUUCAGAAACAGGGGACCAAUCUGGGUCUUUGUACAGCUCCUGUGGAGGAUCUACACCUAGAGGAGACGUCAGGAAUCUGGAUAGCUUUGACUUGGCGGCUGAUAAAGAUGUAGGAGAGGGUAUGAACAAAGAGGGGACAUCAGGAAUGUCCGUCAUACCUCUCGCUUCAAAGGGGCUAAAGACGACUGGUGAUCUAGACAAUAUUUCUGAUGGGGAAGGCGAGAGUUGGCACCAGGUUAGCAAAAAGAAAAAGGAGAAGAAGAGAACUGAAGCUGAGCGACCUAGGCGGAAGUCAGGUUCAGAUGUGUCUUCGUCGAAAAGCAAUAAUUUUGAAAAGUUGAUCACCAAGAUGUCGGAAGUCUUCUCUACACUCAGCAGGGAACGGAUAAUUCAGUUGAUCACAGAAGUGAGAAAUGAAACCAAGGGACUCAGUGGAAUGAAUAUGAAGCAGAUAAUUGACUUGUCGAGACAAAUCUUUAUCAGUAAGCGACACUACUACCAGACAGACCCAAAACAGAGACACUCGUCUGGUGGAAGCCCCGUCCCUACCUCUCAGAAAGCCAACAAGCCGGUACCCCUUCCCAUUGUUGGGAUGGCGCCCUUGCCUGGGCCAGGGAAGACAUUUAACUUCAAGCCAUUGUCCAUGAGUGUGAUCCAGCCAUCCAAAGAUUUGCCGUUGAUGGACGAUGAAGAGGAGAUCUGUGUUAUUUGUCAUGAUGCUCUCAUCAUGGAGGAGAUCAAAACUCUUGAGUGUGGCCAUGUCUUCCAUUCAGAUUGUAUCAAGCAGUGGGUAUUUGGCCAGGAGAGAACAUGUCCAAACUGUCGACGCCUCGCCCUGUUCCCAGAGGAGUUUCCACGGCUCGGCAAGUGACCUGACCUUGAUAAUGUUAUCUGAAAUGGACCAUAACUCAUUAGAAAAUCCUGCGACUUUGAAAUUCACUGGAAUCUUGUUACUGUCACAGAAGUUUUUGACCGAUACUUCCGUUAUGAUCAUCUGGCACCAUGGCAACGGGUAUAAACUUACCACAAUCUCAGUGACUGAUGUGGGAAUUGAAGGGUCUACAAGUGGAACCCUCAUUCCUUUAGAAACAGUGGAUGUGUGUUAAUUCACGAAUGGAAAUUUGAUCGAAAAGCAAUUUUAUUUUGUGGGUGUGGUAAAUAAGAAAUAUUGGUUAUAUAGGAAUUUGUAAUCAAAUGAAAAUGUAGACAUGCCAACAUGGUGUGAACUUUAAUUUUUAAUUGUUAAAGAGUCUGUUCAGUUUCUUGUGACUAGAGUAGGCCACAGGGUGUGUCGCCCAUUCUAGUGCUUUUUGUGAUGAUGGGAACAAAUACUGCCGAAUAUGCUUUUAAUGAUAAAAUGUUUGUGAUUUGUCUGUGUUAUCCAAGUUUAUAUUUUUUGCAUUCAAAUAAUCUUGUCGUCUUCGAUUCACAUACAAACAUGUAUAUACAUCGGUAUUCAUUCAUGUAACUUAAGUAUGAAAUUACAUUUAAAUAUAAACAUGUUCGUUAUCAUACAAAAGACAGUUUUGUUAAAAUGUAGCUUUAAGGUAAGCUGACAAUCUUUUAUCGUGGGUUAGAUAAUAAAUAAUGUAUGUUUCAAUAAAUUUUAAAUUUCAAAAAUGUUUGAAAAGAAUAAAUCUUCAACAAUUGCAAUUUUUGGGGGGUAUAUAUUUAAGAUAAAUGAAUUUUCAAGGCUUACUUUGUCUUGAGAGAUGUACUGUGCAUUUUCACAUAGCUGGUUAGACUAAUAUAUAUUUCAUAUGUAAUCAUAAUCAAGUUAAAGAAUAUUUUGUAAUGUUUACUGUUAUUAAGUAUAACUACUUAACACUUUCCGUUCUUUUUCUCUUUUCCAUGGAACGCUGCAGGCCUUCGGAUCAAUUAAAAAUUCAUAAUUGAUUAUUAUAACGGAUUAAAAUUUUAUAUUAAUGUAAGAUCUAAAGGUUGUUAGUUCUGAACUUGGAACUUCCCAUGUAUACGUUUCAAAGUAGGAAAUCAAAUAAAAUGUUAGUGCCAGUGCUGUAUAGUGUAUACAUAAACUAUUCUAACCUGUCUGAAGCAUCAGUACAGACACAAGAUUACUUGUCAUGUGUGAAGAUAAAUAUUUGAAAUACCAGGACAAAACUGUCUUUUAUAAUGUUUUUUUUUUAAUCAGAGGCAACUUGCCUAAUGUUACCUGUUUCUAGACCUUCCCUUCUAAAAAGGUUCUUUAUAACAUAUCGGAUAUUAUUAAGAUAGCGGUUUUCAUUAGGAGGAUUAUCUCCCCUCGUUUGAAACCAACUUGCAUAAUAUACUAAAGGUCUCUCAACUUCUUAACAAGUCACUGUAUAUAACAUAGGUUUGAAUGUGGGUUGAUAUUGAUUAAGAUAUGUGUUCAUUUAGAGAUUUAUUGACAACAAGUCAGAUCUGUUGAGUAUCCUGUUGUGUUCAAUCAGAUUUAAUGUCUCAGGUUAAGUUAGAUCUGUUGUUUACUAAAUAAUUAUGUGUUCAAUACGAAAUGCUAAUUAUUAUUAUUUUUGUUUUUAAUAUAAUGUGUUCAGCCACUUGAAAAUUAUGUUGCAAAACUGUUUCAUUAUUACUACGGAUGAUAUUUGUUAUAAAUGUAUAUAUUUGUUGUUUCUAUGCAUUUUGCUUUAUUGUAGUUGCUAUUUUCUCUGUUUAUUUUUGUACACAUUUAUACUACUGUUUUUAUCCUAAUAAUCAUUUUGUUUAAUAGCUUGUAUUUUUACAGUAGUGCAUUUUCAAUAUUUAUCCUUAGGGCUGUUCCAUUAAAAUGUUUAUGAUGGGGAUUGGCAUUUAACAAAUAUGGUCGGGUUAUUUUUACUCUAUUACAAAUCAGUUAUGUAGUAUACUGCUGGUUAGUGCCUUUAACUCAUUCACCCAGCCCUGAAGACACAUUUGAACUCUUCCAUUUCAAAGGUUGGAAUAGAUCAUUAUGAAAUUUCAGGGGUGAAUGACUUUAAUAUGAAACAUGUUGUCAGACUCGAUGCAAAAAUGUUGCUAUGUAGAUUAUGUUUACCUAAUGAUGGACUGGUACAUACCACCCGCAGGAUAGGAUAAAAAGUAAAUAAAACUUCAACAAACUUCAUUUGUUAAGCUAUCAGCUGACAGUAAUGGUAGUUUAGUUUUAUUUGAGAGAAGAGUCACAAGGGGAUAUAUACUGGAGGAUGUCUUUAGUGUGUCGUACCACAUCUGAAUUCAUUUAAAUGUACACUGCUGGAGUGUCGGACUCAACCAAGAAAGCAUCAAGGGUUAAAUAUAUACAGCUAGGGACGUCCCAAUACAAACAAACAAAAUUAACUUGUUACAGUCAAUAUGCAUAUGAACUCAAUGACUCAGAUUAAAAGGAAGAAAACUAUUGGUAUGCUCGACAGUGAUGGAAGAAAAGGUACCAAAUGUGUUUUAUUUUUUAGCAUGUUUUCCGAGUAUAUUGAGUGAUAAAUUUGACCAUGUGAUAACACCAAUGUGAAGAUAAGAAGAGAUUAUCAGGCCCUAGUUAGUAGUAUAUGGGUACGAUAAAUACAAUGUACUGCCAUCACCAUUUGAUUGUAGAUAUUGUGGAUGGUGUUGGUUUUGCAGACUCUGAGCUGUACAUCAAGGUUAACAGAUAUUAACAUUAACUAUUGAUAGACAGUAUUUACGGAUGUCAACCUUGCUUAAGUUGCUUAUCCCUUGUCCCAUACCAUGUUUUAAUGGAACAGCCUCAAGUUCAAAAUUCGUAUAAUUUGUUAUAUUUUUUUUACAUGCAAAUUCCUUUCACACCAAAACAAAAAGAUAAAAAACCUAGAAAAUGUCAUGACAGAUGUAUCAGUGGGAAAACUGUUGAUAUUUGAGUUAUUUACAUUACAUUUCAAGCUUGUGAAGACAUGAACAUAUAUCUUGUCGGCUGGUUGUUAAUCUUAUAUGUUUAGUUAGUGUAAAUGUGAAAUCUUAAGAGAUCAUGCGUAAAUAAAGAGCAUGCUCUAUACAGACCCAUCGGGAUGAUAGAACUAAAACAGGUUGUGACAAUCAUGUUGUACCACUCCAGAAAGUUAUUUCAGACAUGCCAGACGUUUCCAGUCACAUUUGUCUUAGGAUAAUGAUUUUGCAAAUUGUUUUGAUCUGUCAACUUUGGUUGGGGAGUACCUUGUACCCUCUCAAUGAUGAAGUUUGUUAUCACUAUUUCUUUUGAGAAAGAAAGUUACAGAUCUUUUUCCAACCUCAUGUGUAGGUUGUUCCUUUUCUUUUCUUUUGCAUACAUUUCAUUUUCUUGCUUCAAGCUGCUUAUCGGAAGAAAAAAAUAACUCCCAGAAAUUGAAAUCUCUCUGGGUCUAGUUUUGACAAAUUAACUACUGUGCAAUUACUGUAAGUAAAUAAACUUUAAUAGGACAGUUAAUUUGAUGUUUAAACAUUUUUUGUUAUCACUACCUCUAUAGAAGUAUUAGACAGAUCUUUAACAAAUUUCAUGUGCAAGUUCUCCUUGGUUGUUGUGCAUGUUUUAUUUUGAAACUGAUCACAAGAACAAUUUAGAUUGCUUUGGUUAUUUUUUGGAAUUUUAAGUACAUAUCUUGCUCAAUUUUUAUUUGUAGGCCCUUUCUUUUUUUUCUAGUUUUGCAUGUUUCACUUUAAGCUUGCUGAGAAGAAAAAGAUGGCUGCCAAAAAAGUGCCAAUAUCCUCCAUGGAACCUCUUGUUCCCAUGAUACAUUUAUUUUUGCUAUCUUUUUCAAUGUCCGGAAAGAGUCCAUACAAUAGUAUGGUCCUAAUCACCUCGUCACAAACAUUAGUAAUGGCAAUCAGAAAUAUCUAGUCAGUGAUAACAGGUCAGAUUACUUUUAUUUGAAGGUAUCAUCAAGUCAAUGGUUUUGUCAGUUUUCUGUAGAAACUUGUUACACAACUCUUUUUGUGACUAUACAUGUAUUAUGUACAUACAUUGUAGAUUCAUUCAUGCGAUGAAUUUGAUCUUACUUGUCUGUGUCAGCAUUUUCUUACAAUUAUAAAAAUGUUUCAUAUGUGUUUUAUAAAUGUAAAUACAUAAUGUAAUAAUUCUUUGUCCGAAAACCUUUUUUUUUUAAACCACUUGUGUUCCUUUAAAUAAUUAUCAUGAUGAAAAAUCUUUUAGCUCUGAAGAAAUUUCCGUUUUGUGUGUGUAUUUCUCUUUAUUGUGUACGUAAGUUUGUGUGAGAAACAUUUUAUUAGGAUGAAGAGUGUUCGAUAGUUAAACACUGGCCUUCAGAGUUAAGUGGUACUUCAUUGUGUUGGUUACUCCUUGGUAUUAUUUGAAGUAUACAGGAUGUAUAUACAUGUAACAUCAUAUUAACUUGUUUCAAAUGAUACUUGUUUGCAAUAAAACUUGUCAUUGAAGUUAUA